UACAAAAAAAAUCCCGUCAAAACUUGAUCUUUCUGAUUGUUUUGAACCUGCAAAUGUCAACAGUGGUAAAAUGUCCUUAGCUUUGCACAUCAGCAGUAGAAUAAAACUGCAUUGCUCGUGAAGAGUUCUGCCCAAAGGUGUGAAGUGCAAGAAGGGGGUAUUUACCAAAGGCUGUCCCAAUGCCUGUGCCUAGAAACUGCAGAGGAAGAGAGGUGGGGGAUGAUUCCACUGAUAUCCUGUUGUUUAAAGGACUGUAGCAGUGCAGGCAGAGGACUCGUGGGGACUGCGUGACUGUGAAGAUGUCUAAGCCAGAAUCCCGUUAUUCUUUUGAUGUCCCGAACAUCUGCAUCGAUUUUGCCACUCUGAAUGAGAAUGAUGUACACAAUGCAGACUCCUGGUUUGACCAAAAAGCCAAUCUGGAGAAUGUACCUCCUGCAGAAAAUCUGGCAAAGCUCUCACACUGCAGCCCUGCUUUUUCAAAACCUGAUGUUAUUCUGUCUUCUGUCCCAUCACAAGACGUAGUGACGAGUAAAAGUGAUGAUGAAGCAGAAUGUGCCCAGGGCAAUGCAGUCCCUGGGAAUAUCGUUGGGUCCCUGGCAACCUGGAGAGCUGUUGCCCCUGCAGAGGCCCCUCAGAGACCGGGCAGGAGACUGGCUACAAAGCAGGGAAAAACCCAGCAGCGCAAGCAGCCAGGCAGAAUCAAAGCAGAGGGAAUUGCUAAUGCCCUGGAUAAUAAGGAAGAUGUUCCACCCUUGAAGAAAAUGAGAAUUUCUGGUAGCAGAGAGAAGGUGACAGAAGCAUCCACAAAGAGAGAGCCCCUGCAGGAUUCUGACCUCUCUCCAGGGAAAGGGAAAAGCAAACCGCCCAUGCCCUCCACGCCAACAAUGUUGAAGAGGACCAAACCUUCUAGCAAGCCAAAGAGUACAGAGGAGCAGGAGCUGGAAAAGAUGCAGCAGUUGCAGCAGGAGGUUAUGGAGCUGCGGAAGAAGAAUGAGGAGUCUAUGAAAGCAGCUAUUGCUGGAGCAGGACAACCUGUGAAGAGACCUGUUUGUCAAGCAACAAAGUCAGUUGAUUUCCACUUCUGCACAGAGAAUAGAAUUAAACAGAAUGUGGAAAGCCAGUCUGGGAAUGAGUACAAGGAGGUGGAUUUUGCAGCAAUACUGAGGAAGCAUCCCCCUUCACCGGUGCGAAUGCCAAAGGGACGCACUGUCCCCAAACCUUUCAAUCUGUCCCAGGGAAACAAAAGAAAACUCGAAGAAGCCACAACAGAAUAUGUGUCCUUUGCUGAGCAGGUAGAAGCAUUCCAAAAACGGACGCCCCCUCGUUACCAUUUGAGGAGCAGGAAAUCUGAGGAAGGCUCAGUUUCAAAAAAGCCAGUGAAGGCUCGGGUCACACAAGCCAAAACACCAGUGCUGCGAACAAAGCAGCGCUUGAGACCUGUCACCUGCAAAACUGCUGCAGAGUUAGAAGCAGAGGAGGUAGAGAAAAUUCAACAGUACAAAUUCAAAGCACGAGAAGUCAAUCCCAAAAUCUUUGAGGGUGGGCCACUCCUGCCCAAGAAACCCACUGCGAAGGAGCUCACCCAUCCCAUUGGCUUUCAGUUGGAAAUAGAAAAAAGGAUUCAGGAGCGUGAGAGUAAGAAGCAGCAGGAGGAAGAACGCUACGAAUUCCAUUCCAGGCCAUGUCCCACAAAAAUCCUGGAGGAUGUUGUGGGUGUUCCAGAGAAGAAAGCACUUCCUGUUACAGUCCCCAAGUCUCCAGCCUUCACCCUGAGAAGCAGAACCCGCAUGUCUGGCAGAGAAGAAGAAAAGGAAAAAGAGGAGGUGGCUGUUAUCAAAGCCAAUCCUAUGCCACAUUAUGGAGUGCCCUUCAAACCCAAAAUGCCAGAGCAGAGGCACGUGGAAGUUUGUCCCUUCUCUUUCGAUGCCCGGGACAGAGAGCGACAAAUACAAAAAGAGAAAAAAAUAGAAGAACUACAAAAGGAAGUGGUGCCGAAGUUCAAAGCUCUGCCUCUGCCUUACUUUGACCAAGUUAAACUGCCAGAAAAGAAGGUCAAAGCCCCAACUCAGGCUGAACCGUUCCAUCUGCAGGUGGAUGAACGGGGAGCUGCCAAGCUCCAGAGCUGGAAACAGCAGCUUGAAGAAGACUUGAAAAGACAGAAAGAGGCAGCAUGUUUCAAAGCUCGUCCCAACACAGUGAUGUACCAGGAGCCUUUUGUGCCCAAAAAGGAACAUAAGGUGCUAUCAGUUCCUGAAAGCUUUGAGCUGGCAACAGAAAGAAGAGCAAAAGAACGGCAAGAAUUUGAAAAGCGAUUGGCAGACGCAGAAGCCUUAAGGGAGAGGUAUGAGGAGCAGAUCAGGCAGCAACAAGAGGAGCGUGAAAAGGAAGAAGUUGCUAAGCUAAGACAAGAAAUGGUUCACAAGGCAAACCCAAUACGCAAAUACCGCAGCAUGGAAGUGAAGUCCAGUGAUCAACCAUUGACUACACCAAAGUCUCCCAAGUUCUCAGACAGAUUCCGAUGCUGAUGAGCAUCCAUGUGAUAACUGGAGGGAGAUCCUAUCCUUCUACACUCCCUUGGUAGAGAGAGGGAGCAAUUGUUUUGCUCAGUAUGAACUCCUAUACUUGGUUCCAUGGUUGUACUGAGUAGUUAAACCCCACCUGAGCCCAUGGCGUUUCAGCAGUGCCUCCUGGCCUUGCUGUGUAUCUAGACCCCAUCUUCUCUAGAGGCUAAACCAAGUUUUGAUAUUGCAUACAGAUAUUGUGUACCAAACUAAAUAAAAAUUCCUAAUCUGUUUGCUGUCUCUGGCUAGUGGGCUGAAGCCCUUUCCUGCUAAAGAGUUUUUGGUAAAGACUGACCACACAGAUGUGUGCAUCUGGCAGAGCUGUCUUGUGUUUGUACACUAAGUACUAUUUUAAAGUGUCUCUUUUUUAGCCUUUUAGUCUACAUUUAGCUUGAAUUGUGUUAAGUGAGGUUCCUUCAAGCCAGUGUAGCGUGGGUCUGGCCUUCCAUGUUGAUGUUUAGAUGACCACAAAUAGAGAUCUUGCCCACGCUUAAAAGUAAUUCAUUGUGUAUAUUAGAGCAUUAAACACUCUUGCUGUUUUAAAGCUGAAAUCCUUCUAUUUAGGGAACCAUUUAUCUGGUAAGUGACUUGCUGUGAGCUGCUACCCCAGCUCCUGGCAGUGCAGGUCUCUUGGCUAUGGAGCCAUCAGCAUCUCUGGCCAAUUUGGGCAGCAAGCAGAGCUAAAUAUAGCCCAAGUGCUCAAAUGUGCUGAAGGACAAAACUGCUGGUAUUGUGAAGAGUGGAUACAUCUAGAUUAAAGUUUUAAUAAUUAUUUCUUA